AUGAGAUUUUCUGACCAAGUUGCUCAUGCCUCUCUUUCUUUGCUUGCCUGUUUCUUUCGACUCCACCUAGCCCAUGGUUGUGGCAAACCUGCAUAUUUGCCAAAUACCUCUCGAGUAGUCGGAGGUGAGGAUGCUAGACCCCACAGCUGGCCAUGGCAGGUCUCCCUGCAGUACAGCCGAAGUGGUACCUGGGCCCACACCUGCGGCGGGACCCUGAUUGCAUCUAACUGGGUCUUGACGGCUGCCCACUGCAUCAGCUCCAGCCGGACAUACCGUGUCCUCCUGGGCAAACAGAAUCUUGUGGAAGAAGAGGCUGGUUCCGUGGCUGUUGCUGUGGAGAAAAUGAUUGUCCAUGAAAAAUGGAACUCCUUCCUGAUCGUGAAUGAUAUUGCUCUACUCAAGCUUGCUGAGCAUGUUGAAAACAGUGACACCAUCCAGCCCGCUUGCCUGCCCGAUCCAGAUGCCUUGCUGGCCCAGGAUUACCCUUGCUACAUCACCGGAUGGGGACGCCUCUGGACUAACGGUCCCAUCUCCGACAACCUUCAGCAAGCUCUGCUGCCCGUCGUAGAUCACGAAACUUGCACCAAGCGUGACUGGUGGGGCUCCACAGUCCGGGCCACCAUGGUUUGUGCAGGAGGAGAUGGUGUCGUUUCAGGGUGUAAUGGGGAUUCUGGUGGUCCUUUGAACUGCCAAAAUGCCAAAGGAUGGGAAGUUCAUGGUAUUGUGAGUUUUGGAUCUGGCCUGGGCUGUAACACAGCUAAGAAACCGACUGUCUUCACCCGUGUGUCAGCUUACAACUCCUGGAUAACUGAGAAAAUGAACCAGAACUGAGGAACGUGGAUCCCAUCUUGUGACAUUGUUAGGGUUUAAUAAACCUUUUC